AUGGAUAAACUUCCUCCCGAACUACUGCGCAGGAUUCUUUUAUAUCUGAUCACAGAAUGGGGUUUGAUCCAUGAGAUCCACCACCGUGUUCCCAAAACUUCGCUGGCUGCAUACGCAGCCAUCUCUCGCAAAUGGCAGAGUAUCGUGGAGACUUUUACGUUCCAACACUUAUUCCUAACUCCUAUGAGACUUGGUGUAGCUGAAGCCUACAACUAUCUCACGCCACCUCGUCUUGCCCAUCUCCGCCACGUCCGCUUCGAGAUCGAGUUCCCCGCUCAUGACCUUCACGUAUCCACCAACCCCGAAGAUUACGACGACCAAGCCGUGUUCAACAAGGCCAUCACGCAGAUUUUUGCCCUUGUCGCACGGGUUCCACGCCGCCAAACACCCCUCAUCAGCCUGACACUCUUGACGUGGCCCUCGAGGGAGCACUGUAUUCCUUGGGAUGGCUACAGGAAAUCAGAAAAGCGAAAGGUUUUCUCAGGUGAGCUCCGGAAAACAUACCUGGAGCUUUCUGCGGACUGGGAUAGAAACAUUCGAGACCUUUCCGAGGUAUCUUUUUUCCGGGUAGAGUUGCAUUCACGAGCCCUUGUUUUCGCUCCAGCCUCGAUCAAUCUUAUGGCCAGUAAGAUGACGCGCUUAAGAAAGGUUGAGUGGCGGCUUUGCGACGCGGAGAAGAUAGAUGCUGAACUCCGGAUCCGUCAGAGAACCGAGUUUGCGCACACAUUGGGGAUUCUACCAAGAUCAAUAGAGAGUUUAACGCUCGAAUAUAUCCGGGAGCCUCCCACAGACAGGACGUUCCAGCCUCCAAGUAUUGUGCCGCCUGAUGCUACGAGCGAUAUUCUAAGCCAGGAACUGCGACACUUCUCCCAAAGGGAUGGCCUGCAACAGUUUUUGGUCGAUGCCAGCGUCGAUAGCAACAUUCUAUGGCCCGAAUCUCAGGAUCCUGAGAGCAAACUGCCGACCUGGCCCAACCUGUCCGUGUUUCACGUGGAACUAAACGCCGUCUUGCCCUCAGGCGAGUGGAUCCAGAUGCGACACCCUGAGGCUGAAGAAGACGAAUUUGACGGCAACUUUGAUUGGGACGAUGCCCCAUACAGCGAAAUUCCCGGCGAGGAGUACGAGAAGCGGUUCGACUGUACGUACAACCCGAUACACUUUGAGCGAUUCGCCCUGGCCACCGCAAGAGCUGCGAGCAGGAUGCCAAAGAUAAAGGAGCUGUAUGUCACCCACCACAGCAUGGCUGCAAUGGGUGUCGGGUUCGUCACUAGGGGUCUCGAGGAGUCUUGUUGUCUGGAAUUUACGGGAGACCCACACCCAGAGCCCAGCGAGGAGAUAUUGGAUGCUUGGCGAAAGGUCGUUGACCUCCACGGCAUGGAAUGGAACGUGCAUUUUGCAUAUGGCUCGGAUGCAUACUAUCUCGAUACUAUCUAG